GACGCGCAUCGUUUUUGGCAAGCGCGCUUGGGCGGCCUGGGCGCCCCUCCUCCACCUGGACCUGGGCUUGACGGCGAGCCCGCCUUGCAUCGGCUCUCACCACAUCGCAUCGCAUCGCACCGCACCGCAUCGCAUCGCAUCCGCUCCCCGCCGCAUCCGUCUCCAAACAUCGAUCACACCGCACCGCACCGCACCAGACCAACCGGAAAGAAAUGUCGCAGAAACCUCUGAGCAGAGUGACAACCAUCCAGCGCCGAAAGAACUUUGCCAACUCGUUCUGGGGCGAGGACGAUCGCGGCCUCGAAGUGCUCAUCGGUCGACUGAGACAGGCCAAGCACAUUUGCGAGGAUGUCGCUUCGAUGCUUCGAGAGCGUGCCUCGAUCGAGGAAGAGUACGGCAGACGACUGUCCAAGCUCGCCAAGCUCUUCAACCCUCGCGAGGAAAUUGGUACCUUGGGAGCUGCCUUGAGCGUCUGCCGUGAGGAGCUCGAAAGCACCGCUCGCUCGCACAUGAACUUGGCCACCGACAUCCGAGCCACGCUCGAAAAGCCCCUCGUGGACUUUAUUGCCUCUCAGAGUGCGAUCCGAAAGAACCACAACAAAACCUGCGAAGCGGAUCUCAAAUCCAAGACCAACCAGAAGGCGUUGGUGCUCAAGAACAAGCAGAGAUACGAAGACCGCUGCCAAGAAGUCGCCAACUUGCAACUGCUCGCUGAGCGGCAGGGUGUAUUGCCCAAGGAAGCCGAGAAGGUCCGCGCCAAGCUCGAAAAGGCUCAGUCUCAGCAAAAGAGCUCUGACAGCGAAUACAAGAGCUCGGUGGAGAAACUACACGACAUCAGCCGAAAGUGGGAGGAUAACUACAGAAAGGCCGGAGUGGAGUGCCAAAAACUGGAAGAGGACCGCAUGGACUUUUUGAGGACGAACCUUUGGAACUAUGCAAACAUGGUGUCGACUGUCUGCGUAACGGACGAUGAGUCUUGCGAGCGAAUCCGACAAUCCCUGGAGCAAUGCGACAUUGAAUAUGACAUUGCCAAGUUUAUUGAAUCUAACGAAACCGGAUCGGAAAUCCCUGUGCCUCUGCAAUACACACAAUUUUUCGCCGUCGGCACCAUGUCUGGCCGCUCUGCCACCGGCACGCUCCUGUCCAAGAUCACACGCUCAAACAGUUCCAACACAGAUUUGUCAGCCACGAACCAGUCCACGAUCCAACGCUCAACCACGCUCACUUCAUCGCCUGUCACCAUGGCAGCCUCGCCGUCGGGAGGGCCCUUCCUUGAACUCACUUUCGACGACGCCACCAGAAAGGAAACUCAGAAAUCGGUUGCCUCGGAGAGCGAAUACACCGGCAUUUUCAAGACGCUCUCAAACGAGGAUGGCGAUGCAUCGCUCGCUGCCGCCUAUUUGGCUGCCACUGACGACGAUCUGUACAAACCCAAGGUCCGACCGAUGAGUGCGGCGAUCACCCAGAGCGAAAUGUACUAUCAGUACGAUCCCUACGACAUUCCAAGCGAUAUGCCGGUUUUGUUCAACGUCCGUGCAUUGUACAACUACGCAUCGCAAGAGUUCGAGGAGCUGACGAUCAAAAAGGGCGACAUUAUUUCUGUAAUUGCAACACACGAAGACGGAUGGUGGGAGGGUCUCAGCACCGAGAAUGGCCGCCGGAAGCGAGGGCUGUUCCCGAGCAAUUUCGUGGAGGAAAUUAAGUAGAUGCCUCCUGGCAGUGCGUCCGACGUAUCUCCGAAAUUGACAAGCACACUAUCUUGCCCGGAAACUGUACGAUAUUGCUGCAGACCCCGAGCAUCGUCACCCUCCUCACUCCUCUCCCUCUCGCUUCUCGGCUCGCCUUUGCUUUCUUGCCUCUUUGUCUUAUCGCUCAAGCCUUCCCUUUCCUCUUCGAUUGUCGCCCAUUCGACUGCGUGUACUUUUUCACAUGACACUGGACCUUUGGCCUCAUAGAGUGUUGUAGUUUUUCGACAGAGAGAUCAUCCUCUGCAUUUGCCUCAGCGGUGCCGCUCUUUGUCCGUUGUAGUUUGCAUCCAACUCUUGGCUUUGUCGAUACGUUAUUGUAACAUGGGAUAUGAGUAGCCAGUAGGCUCUCGAUACAAGCCAAGAGAUCGAGCUGCG